AUGGCAUCAAAAUGCUGUGGACUAAGAUUGACGAAAUUUUUUUUUUAUAUAUUCCAGUUCAUAUUUUUGUUCACAGGGCUAGCAAUAUGUGCUUUGGGAGCCUGGAAGUUUCUGAUAACUUAUCACUUUUUACGAGUCCUGGAUAGUCAUACAUAUUCGACGGCAUUUUACUUAUUUUUAGCUACGGGUUGUCUAGUCAUUUUAGUAUUCUUAUUAGGGUGCUGUGCAAUACCAAAACAUUGGACCAAAUUAUUAUUUUUAUACAUAAUUUUGCUGGUCGCUAUAUUUUUAUUCGAAAUUUUGAUUGGAGUCCUAGCAUUUAUAUUCCAAGAAAAUAUAGAAGACGAUUUAAAUCUUAAUUUUAAUCAAACGAUUUUAAGUACUUACAAAUUUGACGAUGGUAAAACGAUAUCUAUUGACUAUAUACAAGAAAAGUUACACUGCUGUGGUGCUGUUAACUAUGAAGAUUGGUCACAGAGCCCUUGGAUUCAAGAUGGCGCAGUCAUAAACAAAGUACCUGAUUCUUGUUGUAAAACAGUUACUGAAUAUUGUGGAUUUAGGGAUCACCCUUCAAAUAUAAAUAUGGAGGGAUGUAUACGAUUCAUCGUUGAAAAAGUACAAGCCAAUUUUUGGAUUAUAUUCAUAGCAGCUUUAGGUAUCUGCGCCUUUCACGCAAUAGGUAUCAUUUUAGGAAUAAUAUUAUUUCUAAAAUUGGAAUCGGGAAAAUACGAUGCUGAUUACAGUCCGCAAAAUGGAGGCACAGAAGCUUUACUUUCUGAUACACAACAUCAUUUAUGA